UUAAUGUUAGUUAAUGCUAAUACAGAUGUUCAUUUAGUUGUGUAUUAACUAAUGUUUAAACUUUUGAUUUUAUACAUAUAUUAGUAAAUGCUUAAAAUAACGUUAACUAAGAUAUUUUUAAAAAUAUCACAUAUUUAGUUUCUGUGCUAAAAAUCUACUUGUGCAUGCAUAAAAAGAACUAAGUGGUAAAGUACUUUUUACUAGUACUUGUAAGUAUUUUACACACUGGACACUCCCCCAUUUCACUGGAAGGCAGGACUUCCUUUCACUAAAGCAGCCUUAAGUGUUGCACUUUUUCCUAUUCACAGUAAAAACGGCAGCAUCUUUUUAUUAAAGUAUUAUUGUAUAGUCUUGGUUAAUCUCAACCUAUGACUUUACACAACACAGCACUAUACAAUCAUCUUUAAAACUUGAAGAAAAUGUUUUUCAAGUUUAUUUAUCUCUCUUUGUGCUGCUGCUAUUUGAUGGGUGUGUUUGGUGAUGAAGUGAAGUCAGUGUCAGUGAUGGAGGGAGAUUCUGUUACUCUACACAUUGAUAUUACUGACAUACAGAGUGCUUAUAUGAUACUGUGGAGGUUUGGAUCACCAGAGACUCUCAUAGCUCGGAUCAAUAGAGAAGCCAAUAAGAUCUCAAUAUAUGAUAAUGUUCUUGAUGGGAGAUUCAGAGACAGACUGCAUUUAAAUGAUCACACUGGAGAUCUCACCAUCACAGACAUCACAACCAAUCACACUGGAGUUUAUGAAAUGACCAUCAGCGGCAAACAGAGGACCUCAUACAAAUUCAGUGUUACCGUCUAUGCUAAUCUGCCGGUUCCUGUCAUCAGCAGAGAUUCUUCACAAAGUUCCUCAUCAUCAUCAUCAUCAUUAAGCUCAAAUUGUUCAUUAUUGUGUUCAGUGUUGAAUGUGAGAGAUGUGAGUCUGUCCUGGUACAAAGGAAACAGUUUAUUGUCCAGCAUCAGUGUGUCUGAUCUCAACAUCAGCAGCAUCUCUCUUCAUCUGAAGUGUCUGGAUGAUUCUUACAGCUGUGUGGUCAACAAUCACAUCAGUAAUCAGACUCAACAUCUCAACACUGAUCUCUGUCAGACGUGUUCAGCUCUCACCUUCAUUCAUAAAGUUGUGAUCUCAUCUUCUGUUGGAUUUCUGAUGAUAACUGCGGUUCUGAUCUUCUGCUUCUGCAAGGAACACAGAAAGAGACAUCAGCAGGUUAAAUGAAAACUACAUAAAGAGAAAAGUAUUUAAAGAAAUAAUGACAUUUAUUUCGCAUAUAUGUAUUUAAAAUAUGUUAUUUUUAUUGUAUAUUCAUUUGAUCAUUUAUUAAUGGUAUUCUGCACCACUUUUUUCUGUUUUUAAUUUAAAUAUCAUGUUGGGUCUGUAUAUUUUUUCAGGAGUUUACAGGUCAAUUGGAAGGGUUUUACAGGGCAAUGUUAGUAUUAUAUUAUAACACUAUUAUAAUGUGUUUCUAAUCAAAGUAAGUCAUAAUAAAAAUCAUAAUACCAAAAUAAGAUAGAAAAUGUCAUUGAUUAAUGAUUAAAAAUGAUUUAAAAGGUAACACAAAGUAUUUCUUUUUUUGUCACUGAAUGUAUGUGACACCUUUAGCUUCAUUUCAAGUGAAACCCGGUGUGGCUUUAUUCUGUAGGCGUGGAAAGUCGUGUGGUUUUGUUGUGCUGGUGGACAUGAGAUAUGUGAUUGUGGGUGCAUUGUGUGUUUAUGGAAGUGGUGUGAACAGUACGUGACUUUCUUUUCCUGUCCAGUCAAUAUUUUCCACUCAUUACAAAACAUCACACAACCCUUAAAUCAAAGUGAUACCACUGUGAGCUUUGUAUCAAUUUAAAAACAUGCAUGAACAUCUAUGCUAUAUCAUCACUUUAAU